GGGGAUGGAUCCAAAAGUAAUUGAGAAAAUUGUCCAGGAGAUGGGUGCCUUCUCAUCUGAUAUGGGCGAAAUCGAAGGUGUCCCCAUGCUACAGGACAUUUGCAAGGAGUGGGACACAAUACACAGUUUCCAGGCUCGCGAUGGUGAUGUGGUGGUGGCCUCAUACCCCAAAUCAGGUACGACCUGGAUGCAGGAGAUCAUGGACUUGAUACUUCAGGAAGGGGACGUGGAGAAGAGUCUGCGGGCACCAUGUUUUGUCAAAGUGCCGUUUUUGGAGAUGGCAAAAACAUCUUUAGAGAUUGCGAAUACCAUGCCAUCUCCUCGUCUGCUUAAAAUACAUUUGCCAGUUCAACUUGUGCCGCCAACUUUUUGGGAGAAGAAUACAAAGAUUGUCUACGUGGCCAGGAAUCCCAAGGAUUGCUUGGUCUCCUAUUAUUACUUUCACAAGAUGGACCAAACAUUGCCAGACCCCGGGCCCCUGGAAAAUUUCUUCCAUUUAUUCCUCUCUGGAAAAGUGUCCUGGGGAAGCUGGUUUGACCAUGUCAUCGGAUGGUGGAAAGCCAAAGACAGACAUCAGAUCCUGUAUGUCUUCUAUGAAGACAUGAUAGAGGAUCCACAAAGGGAGAUCCGCAAGGUCAUGACCUUCUUGGAGAAGGAUCUUUCUGAUGAGGUUCUUCAGAAAAUCCUGCAACAUACCUCGUUCAAAUCGAUGAAGAAGAACCCUAUGGUGAAUUUCAGUGUUCUCCCAACUUCAGUGUUUGACCAGUCCGUUACAUCCUUCAUGAGGAAAGGUCAGGUCGGCGACUGGAAGAAUAAUUUGUCGGUGUCCCAGAACAUCCUGUUCGAUGAGGAAUAUAAUAAAAGAAUGGCGUCCAGCGGAUUGAACUUCCGCACAGAACUGUGAACUCAAAGGACGAUAAUCAUAUAUCACAUUGUCUU